CAUCAUUGUGCCUGUCUCAGCAAAAGCCACGUGGACGUCACGUGGCAAUUGACGCAGCCAUUGCAGGAUCUCAUCUUCCGGCCGCUGCAAACGCUGCGCAUCGGUUGCAGUGCAUCGGUGGUAAAAUAAUGCCCUAGGUUUACAGCAGUUGCACCGCUGACGCAAAGAAUAGGGACGUCGAGGCUUGGGUGUACCAUAGGCAAGCGCCGACGUCGGGCGACAUGACGGGGUUGACUUGACUGUAGGAAGAUGGCGGCAGCCUGACUCAUCACAUGCUUUGCCAGCUUUGCUUCCCUACCGACAAAAAACUUCUUUUUGUGUUUGACAACGGGGAACUUAGCUAAUACAACUGAAUAAUCGCCAUGAAGUGGACGUUAUCUAUUGUGAUCAUCUUCUCUCUGCAAGAUCUCUCCGUAUCGUUCCCAGAGCAAGGAGUCUGGGAUAUCAAACUCACACAGAACCAGAACAUGGGAUCAGUGUAUAAGAGUUUGUACAAAGACUCAAUAAUAUCAGUCAAGGUGUCCUGUCAAUCAGUGAAGACUCAAGCAGUGAAGGUUGGAUGGACCAUCCGAGAGACUCAGUGUUGGGAAGAGUAUCUCUUCCUUCAAGAUCCUUCUGUGGACACAGAAAUUAUAAAAAGAUAUUAUGAGAAUCCAGAUUUUAUCAUUCAAGAACUGGGGUACAAUGAAACAUCCUAUUUUAAAGGUUCCAUGGAACAUGACUGUCGGGAGACAUUCAUUGUGGCUCCUGAUAAAGAAGCAGCCUUUCAAAUAGUUUCAACACGGACAGAAGAGCAGCCUCCCAAAGCCCAAGCAAUGUCAAGGAAGAGAAGGGAAACAAACAUGAUAGGAAAGGAUUCCCACUCUGAUAUGACAGAAACAAUGACUCAAGGGAAUGAUACAAGACUAGGUCCCAGUCAGGGACUGCAUACACCUAAAACAGAACACCCAGUAGCCAAAAUGCCUCAUGAUGGAAUUUACCUCCUGAUCAUAAGUUUGGAAAGUGAUUCUUCAGAAUUCAAUGCAGUGGUGCAUGUGGAAAUGCGAACUCCAUAUGGAUUCCUGUCUGCUGUUGAUUGGCCUCUUCUUCCUUUCUUUGGAGUCAUGUGUUUUGUGUAUGUGGGCUAUGGGCUUGCCUGGCUCAUUGUAUGCUUCCUCCAAUGGAAAGACCUCCUGAGGAUUCAAUUCUGGAUUGGAGGUGUCAUUUUUCUUGGGAUGAUAGAGAAGGCAGUCUAUUAUGCAGAGUUCCAGAGUAUCAAUUCCUCUGGAACGAGUGUACCUGGUGCUGCUGUCUUUGCUGAGUUAAUAUCUUGUGCCAAGAGAACAUUAUCUCGUAUGCUGGUCAUCAUCGUCAGCCUUGGCUUUGGCAUAGUCAAACCACGGCUAGGGUCAAUGCUUCAUCGAGUGGUUGGGGUUGGAGUCCUUUAUUUCAUCCUGGCUUCUGUGGAGGGGAGUCUAAGAGUGAUUCAUCCCAAAAAUGAUCCUUCAAGUCAGGCACUUCUUGCUUCAGUGCCUCUUGCUGUACUUGAUGCAGCCAUCUGCUGGUGGAUAUCCUUUUCAUACUGUUACACUAUCCUAAUAAACCUAUGUCUUUCCAUGAUUUCAUUUCAUGGGGGACAGGCAUUCAUGUCCUUUUAAUUCAAGCACUCAAAGCUUCAAAUUAGGAAAAAUCAUGAUGAUUCAAUUAUGUCUGGGGGGGAGAGAUUGCUUGUUGUGUUUGGAGAUAAUUUUUCCUUGACAGCUAGAUUCACAUCUUCAGUUCCCUUGUUCAAACCCUCCGGACACUAAAGCUGAGGAGAAACAUGGUUAAGUUGAACCUCUACAGACACUUCACCAACACCCUGAUUUUUGCAGUUGUUGCAUCUGUUAUCUUCAUGCUGUGGGCCAUCAAAUAUCAUCGCCUUAAAACUUGUCUGACGGACUGGAAGGAGUUGUGGUUGGAUGAUGCAUAUUGGCACAUCCUUUUCUCUGUUGUUCUUUUGGUCAUCAUGAUCCUUUGGAGGCCCACCAAUAACAACCAACGAUAUGCAUUCACUCAGCUUCUUGAUGGUGGUGAUGAUGAGGAUGAAGAGGAGCUGUUACCCCCUGAAGCAUUUGAGGGGAUGACUCAUCGUGCAACAAAGAGGGAGAGACAAGACAGUGGGAAGUCAAGGGAUAAGAAAAAAUCUAUUGAGGAUGAUUUAAAGUGGGUGGAAGAAAACAUUCCUUCUUCAAUGGCAGAUGUAGUGUUUGAGCUGCAAGUGAGGAGAAUGCAGAAAAUUUCCAUGCCAGAUGGUCAUACUUGGUUCUUGGCAUGGAGUGAGUAUACCAGCGAUUCUUUGGAGCUCUAUCUCACUGAUAUGGAACAAUCAUGGAAGGCACAAUGGAUUGCAGGCCCUGAUCACCUGAGAGCAUUCCUGAGUAAGGAGCAGAAGCCUCAGCUUCAAAUUGAUGGCAAUUCAUCACUGCAAAUCACUACAAAAAGAGAAAAGUUGACUCUUCCUGUGCAAAUGAUGAAGAAGGAAGAUGCAUGGGUCAAAAUAAUGGACUUGAGCCUGAACGAGAUUGCAAUGUUGGAGGAGGCAUCAAUACUCAAGCAAGAGGAUUUCGAAGCAUUGGAGAAUCGGCAGAGAGAUCUGCUGCAAAAGCUCGAAGAGGUUGUGCAGAGGAAGCGUGACACAGAAAGAGAUGUAUAUUCUUGCUUCGUUCCUGUCCUUUCAGCAAAAGUUGAGAGAAUUCAUGACCUCAAUGCCCGUCUCCAAGCCCAGACCCAACCUCUUGCCUCAGAUCCAGAUAAGAAGUCCUGUGCUGAAUUGGAACCAAGGAAAAGAAUUUCAAAGGCAUAUUUGAAUGUCAAACAAACUACAAAAACGAGAAGAGCAAAGAGAGAAGUUAAUGAACCCAGGAAAGGGGAGGAGAUGCAGCCAAGAGUUGCUGCUUCUCAAGAAACUUCUGAUUCAUUUGAUCACCAUGAUUACCCCACUGUGACCAUUACAUCUCCAAGUCCUCCUUUGUCUCAGGCUGCAAAGGAAUUGGAUGAAGUAUUUGGAUUGAAUUAACUUGAAAUGCACAUUUCCUGAGCAAAAAUGGGCCCAGAGUAUUUCUGGUAUUUAUUUGAUUGAACCUCAAUUCAACAUCUCAUGAUCGGUGUUGCCCUGGGACCAGUUUCAGAAGAGUAUUUCACUAUCCACAUGUCUGUGAUUCAAAGUCUCAUUUUUCCUUUUUCUUUCUUUCUGAUGAGGCUCUUUUUUGGCCUAAGGCAACUUCUAACCCAUUAAAUUUAAAACAAUUUUUGAAAUUGUAAAAUCAAAGCAUAUAUUUGAGUUUAUUGAAAAUAGUUCUUUGCAUCUGGGUUUAUUACAUUAUCAUUGAAGCAUUUAAAUUAUGAAAGGUCUGUGACACUACUAAAUGUAUUCCCUUUGUAUCAGACUAUAUCAGGGCCUAAGUCAUGCUUAGGAAAGGUCUCAUUGACAAAGGUAAUCACUGAUUACACUAGGGCAUAAAAUUUGUUUUCUCCUUGGAUUGUACUGUCAUUUUAUUGCUUGGUAUUAUUCCUUGUUUGCUGCCCCCUGCUCCAUUCCCCUCAUUUCUUCCCAUGCCUAUACUAGAAAUAAGAACUGCACCAUGAC